AUGCUGAUUUUCAAAGCCUUCCCCUAUAUUAAGUGGUCUAGUAACUGGAAAGAGCUCUUAUCUAUGGUUGAGAGCUGCACUCAUGUUAUGAAGGCUAUUCAAGUUACAUGGCAUAAACCUCCUUGCAAUUUAGUAAAGAUAAACAUUGAUAGAAGUGCCUUAGAUAACCUAGGAAGAAUAUGGGCUAGGGGUAUCCUAAGGGAUCAUAGAGGGAAGCUCAUUUAUGCCUCCGCAGCACCACUUGGUUUUUAUUCUAACAACCAAGCUAAGGUACAGGCUGCAGUAUUGGGCAUCACUUGGUGCAUUCAACAUGGAUAUAGUAGGGUACUUUUGGAGGUAGACUUAGAGCUUCGUAUUCAAUGGCUAAGAUGGGAAUUCAAACCACCUUGGUCCAUCAAAGACUACAUCAAUGAGCUACAAGACUUGAUCAAUUUCCUGGACUACUUUCAAUGUAAGCACAUAUUUAGGGAAGCAGAUUAUCCUCUGAUACUUUCUCUAAACAUAGUCAUAAGAUUGACAGGACCUACCAGAUCUAUAAUAUUCAGCAACUUUCUAAAGAGACAAGAGGGUACUACAUAUUUGACAAGCUGGGCAUUUCAAGCUUCAGAAGACAAAAGCUGA